AUGCGAGGCUUCAAAGGAGAGCAGGGAAAAAGGGGGGCGGGGGCGCUGGCACUUCGGCAGCACAAGUGGGCAGGAGGAUUCUGCACGAGUUCGCCUGCCAAACCCAUUAACUGCAAACUGCGCUUACAGAGAUGCCACAGCGGCGCUCCCGCAGUUACGCGAGGGGAGAGCCGCGUGCUCGGAAGGCUCCAAGGGCCCCCCCCCAUCAGCCGCCGUGCGCCGGCAGCGCGGCCACGAGUUACCGGGACAGGUCCGCAACCCGCCCCACGCCGAAGCCGGCUCGGGCCGCUGCCCGCGGGCACGGGGCUCGGCGAGGGGCGCCGGCGGCCCCAGGAAAAGGAAGUCUGCUCCCCUCCUCCUCCUCCUCCCCCGGCCUCUACCGCCGAAGAGCAGGCAAAGCCGCUCCGCGGCCCCGGCGCCGCCCCCCGGCUCCCCCCGGCCCUUACCUGCAGGGCUGCCGGCCAGCACCCGCCCGCCCGCGGCCCGCCGAGUUCCGGGGCUCGGAGGAAGGGGGUCCGCGGGAGAGUCCUUUGCGGGAGCCGGAGGGACGCCCCGGGGCAUCUGCGAGUGUGGGGCUGGCCGGGGACUGUGUUGAACCUCCCCCCUCCGACCUGCCCCCGAGGAUGGGCUGCCGGAGCUCUGACCCCGUGCCGUGCAGAGCCGCGACCGACCCGCUGCCAGCCGCGCUCCGGGCUGCUGUGCCGGCUGCGCUCGGUGCGCGCUCCUUGGGUGUCACUUCCGAGCGGUCCGGGACCGAGAGAAAGCUCCUACGAGAGCAAAGUUGGCCGCUUCCCUCCGAGCAUCGCGAACCUCGGCGCAACCCGAGCUGCUCCCCGAGCAGUGUGUUCCCUACUGCCGAGCGGCCAGCGCUAUGGAAGGAACCGAGGGGAAUCGGGAGGAACCUCUGUGUAUUUUCCCCGAAGCCACACAGACGCAUCCCGAUGGCACCGCGGGGCUGAGCUCCUCAGCCCGGUGUGUUUGGAAGUGUAUCACCUCCCUUGCUCUCAUUCUGCCUUCCUCCUUUGCUGUACCUCACUGUACUUAAGAGAAUGGUUUUUCUACCAGUUCUCUCUCCCCAUCCUCAUGUUUUCAGCUCUUCCUCCUGCUUGCUCUCCUGCCGACAGCUCUAUACCUCUCCAUUUCCUCACGCACAUUACACUAGUCAAUCACUGGCCAAACCUGGCACCGCUCUGCCUUUGGCCACCUCCCAGAUGUCCACACAGUGUUGGCAUCCACCCCAUCCCAUACUACCGCCAUGCCCUGGACCCAGGUCGCCUCUGUCAUCCCGCUGCCACCUUAGCCUGCCUUGACUUUCCACCAGCCACUGCUUAUGCUCUGAAGAUGGAGUCACCUCCAUCCUGUCUGGUACCAGGACCUGCAUACCUGGCAUCGUGGCCGCACAUACUCACACUCGAUUCCAUCACAUACAAAGUAUAAGCAGUACUUGUUGGACUUGGCCAGGGUUUUUGCCAUGGACUUCCCCAUCACCAGUUCGUGCUUUUCUCCUGCCAUGGGCAUGGCCAAAGACUUCAGUGCUCACCUCUGUUGCAUAUAGUUCAAUGCUCUUUGCCCUGGCAUAUCCUAUAGCCACGUAACGACACUGAUAUGUUUGUUGUUGUCAGUAUUUCCAUCCCAGAGGAUCACCCUUCAGCCUGGCAAUAUGGGGAGUCCUCCAAAAAAGAUGCAUGGAAGGACAGGCCCUGCACAGCUACACUGGCGCAGCCAUCAGUCAACCAUCCAGUCCAUCAUCCAGGUGCCUCAAUGCUGCACUCGGGAGCUCCCGUCCUCCAAAAUAUACCUCUUCUUUCCCAAAAUUCUGAUGCCUCGGCCUGACAAGCACUUCAUAUAUGAAACCUUAACACCACAGCCUGCUGUUAGGAAUGCACACACUACAUCCCAGGCUGGAGCAAGACCAGAAGGGUAGAGCUCAGGUGUUUUGGAACCAUCCCACAGGCAGCCCCUGGCGGCUUUCCAGCAUGCUCUUCCUUUAAGCGUGCUCAACUGUGCCUCUGGAGAAGACUGCUGAUCCAUCAGUUAAUCGUAUUGAGUAAGUACCUAAAAUUAACUUUUAAAUUAUUAAUGCACGAGAGCAUAUCCGUUUGCCAUGCACAUUAUUUUAAAGGAUUACAGUGUGUACACUGAGUGCCAUUAGCGUUACGUUCUGAAGACAGCAAAUUGACUUGUAUGGAAAUCCGAAGAGUUGAUGGAUUCCUCCACCAAUGCUUUUGACAAUGAUAAAACGUUAUGUUCAAUUGAGUUAUUAUUGAGCACGUGUCUGUGUUUUAAUUUCUUUCUGAUACACACAAACCAAGAGACUGUGAAGCUGUCGCCAUACAGACUUUUUCAUUUUGUGGUGGGUUAAAAAUACAGAGAUAUGUGAGCAUUGAAAAUGUUCCGCUGACAAACAACAACACUAGGAAAGAUAUGUUUAGUUUCCUAGACUACAGCUGUGUCGUUCAAGACAAAACUGUGCUGCCAUAAAAUUGUUUACCAAAAACAGCACCGCUAAACCUGUUAAAGGUCGAAGUCGCAGUACAUCCUUCCCGUGGCCACAAAGGACAUACCUAUGGCAGCUGUCUUCUUUUCAUUUAACUAACAUGUUUUCAAAAGAUCCUACAGCAUGCCAUAUUGUGAAAAAAAGGACCUGAAAAACCAACAUUUUGCUCUAAGAAUUGUGAUUUUCUGCAAGAAACAAUGAUGUCAAUAAUGUUCUGCGACUGUGUAAACAUUAUUUCUACUCAAGAGCAGUCAAAAAAGUAAGCAGAAAUGGUAGUGCAGAUGCCGUGUUGCCUUCCAGGCUUCUGUGCAUGGGAAUUUUUAUAGAAUCACAGAAUAACCUGAGUUGGAAGGGACCCAUAAAGAUCACUGAGUCCAACUCCUGUCUCCACACAGCACCACCCAAAAAUCAGACCAUAUGACUGAAAGCAUUUCCGGAUGGUUCUUGAACUGCAGCAUCUUGCUGCCAUGGCCAUUGUCCUGGGGAGCCUGAUCCAGUGGCCGAUCAGCUUCUGUUGAAGAAGCAUUUUCUAACACCAAUCCGACCCUCCCCUGUUGCAGGUUCCUGACAUUCCCUUAAGUUCUGCCACUGGUCACCAGAGAGGGGAACAGUGCCAGCUUUGCCACCAAGGAGGAGAGAACACAACGAGUGCUGUGACUCAGAACGAAAUCCAGCCACACUGAAGUCAGUGACACAGCUCUCGGUGAGCUCAACACGACCAUGAUUUCAUCUCAAGUCUUUUCUUGGUUCCUGGAGGGGAAAUAAUAAAGACAAAAAAUAUAAACUUCACUGCCAUAACUUGUCCUGCACACUGAAGCUAUGAGAAGCGUAUUUUCACCAUUCCCAUAGCAGGGUCUUCUAGCUAGUGCCAUCUGAAAACCAGAAACGUUACAGAAAUGUAAACAGGAAAGGAUUACAAAGAGGUAGAUUUUACCAAGCUAAGAGAAGGGAUACAGCAAUCCAGCUGAACUGGACCCAAACCAGAUCCUCCCUCGAUUUGUGCACCAAGCUGUGCACAUACCGCAACAGCCUCCAAAUUCAAAUGUGUCCAUACUGCACACCCCACAGUGCUGGGUGCCUUUUGCUGAUGUGUACGGCCUGCAGAGCUGAGGCCCAGCCUGGUUCUCUCUGAGUCCUGUAGGCACCACCGGGCUCCACAGCAGCCAGCUCCCAUCUCACUCCAUGCUCCAGUGCAAGCCCAUGCACAGAUUUGAGAGCAUUUCCAUCACGUGGAUCUAAAUGAGCAAAACUCCGACACCUGACUGUCAGUUCAAUUCAUUGCCCUCUAUGGGGACAUCAAAUCUUGUGCAGUGCCCACUGUCGUGUGCUUUGUGAAUGAGCAAGGAAUGGAUUCAUCUCACUGUGACAGGUGGGUUUGUGAGCUACUUCUCUUAAGCUGACCCACAAGGAGAGAGCAGGGUCAGCUAAGCAAGGCUCUCCCCUAGGGAAUGUCAGUGUCUGCUCACAUCCCUGAUCAAUCUACCAGGCUGCCUGGCACACAGCAGUGUGUGCCCCUUUUGUAAAGAACUGGAAGGUACUCCAGUGUACAAGUUAGAAACGUACACAAAUGAUGUCUUAUUCAUAUCUGAUAGAAAACUGAGUUACUUAUGGAGUAGAAAUCUUUGUAUUCUUCUCUCUUGAAUUUUCAAGGACGCCCAUAAUUUCAGGGUUGCAGUGCACAUUUAAGCCAAGAGGAAUUUCCUAACUGAACUUUCAAAGUCGUGACUUCUUGUACUUAGCUGCAGUUCCAAAGGCAGUCACAUUUCGCUUUCCUGGCACAAGAGAUUACAAAAAAUUCCCCGAACCAAAACAAACUGGCACUGUAUUAUUAUCAUCUAAAUUAAUCCCUUGUCAUAAAGUUGUAAUCCCUCACAAACUCUCCUUAACCAAUUAAGCCAAACCUUUCUCACAAGUCACCUGGCAGCAGGAGAUUCCCCUGCUCCACCCAUGGCAAGCAAUGGGCAGAUUGCUUACGCAAAGUACUGAGAACUUACAUUAACAUGCAAGUUGUGCCUGCAGUGAUUUAACAUCUUCUACAAAUCUUGCCUAUUUAUUGGGCUAUAUGAGAGGAGCAGGAAGUUUAUUCUCAAAUGAUCCCUGUUUGUAUUAAAAAAACGUAUUUAAUCAGCCAAAGGGAGAGCAUGAAUAUGAAUGACCCCGAGGUUUAGCACAGCCAGGACAGGAGAGACUCACACUUCAGACUAUAUGUCCAGAAGCAGGCAUUCACUGUAUCUUUAUUAUAGAGGAAAACUUGGAGGACAAAUUGUUCCUUGUCAUAUACAUCCUUUGUUAAUAGAUCUCUUGAAACAGAAAGGACUGCCUUGUAGCUGCUAUCCUGACAUAAUGCAGAUCUCCCCUCAAAUUACAAAGGUUGUUCUUUGUCAAAAGAUGUCCUUUCCCCGAUUGUCAGAAAUAUGCAAGAAUCUGCAUAUAUUCCUAGUGUGAUUUGUAACAUCCUUGGGAAGGAAAUUUUUAAGGAUUUGCCUAUCAAAGGAUAUAAUUAAUCUUAUUAAGGUCAAUUAAACUUGUGGAGGUCAAGUUGCUCCUAAUUGUUUUCUUCUGAUUCUUUAUCAGUUGUGAAGCAGAAAAACAAAGACAUGGCACAACACAGGAGCCCAGAUGUUCCUCUUCAGCAGUGCAUUUAAGUCCAAGAAGGAUGACAGGCAGUGAAAUGUCUGAGGGAGCUCUGCCAGAGCUUCUGCAGGACCCACUGCUGCAGCUGAGAGGAGAUCCCAAUGCUCCCCAGGAAGUUCUCACAUCUAUAGCUGGAAGUUUGGGGGCAGGCAAGAUUGUUAGCCAUGGCCUGUAAUAGAACUAUAUAUUCUAUUUUUCUAAAUUUAGUCAUGUAAAGAUGUACUUCUGCCUAAUGCCAUAAACCAUUCAGACCUUGAAAAGAUUAGGGAAAGUAAACUGAAUCCUUGUGGAAAAGUAUUUCAUGACAGUUUCACCUACUAGGCUUUCUCUUCGACCAAGCAUCUUUCAAGAUACACUUUCUCACGGACAUAUAUGCACAGAUAUGCCACUGGAUGGCUAACUAUCAGGCCUGAACAGGAUCAGGGCUCACUGAGAAGGGCUGCUUUGAAGCAGGAAUUUGACUUCUGUGUGAGCACUUGCCCACUACAAAGGCGUGAGUUCUGUUCCGAACAGCCUCUACUCUACGAUGACAAAUGACAUUUCUGGUCUUACAUUGAUCGCUUUGUAGGUUCUCCCUCCUCCCCCCUCAAGAUUUGGUGAUCCUCUUACACUGGUUAUUGUUUGGGAAGCAUUUGUACUGACCUUUAUUUCACCCAUGCCUUAGGGAUGAGAUCAUUUAGAA